AUGGAUCAAGAAUCUAUCCGUCGUCUCUGUCACUUCGGUCUUUACGACGAAGAUUACGCCAAGGCGAAGGGACUUAAACCAUUUUCUUCUCACGAUGAAAGUGCUAGAUUGUUGAUGUGCUGGGAUUGGGGCUUGUCUCAGUCACUUGCCGGACGCUCUGACACUAUAGCUGCCAAGCUUGCAGAACAAAGUUCUCACAAAUGCUCGCAUAUUCCUUUCACAGAGCUUGUUCGACGGGCCUAUGGACUACCCUCGCCAGCGAUUGAGGGUUUCCUUCAGGUAUACGACUCUAUCGAGUCGAAAAUUUACAGCACCUUUACUCGAAACCUCCAGCAUCUCGGGCUUUUGGUUGAAUUGAAACAAAGUUUGAAGGAAAUAGAUGCAGAUCCAUUUUUGUACGCUGCGAUUAAGAAGGCUUUGCAACGCGUUGUGCUCCAAAGAAAGCCACACGUGCCAUUAGUUGAUGAAAACUUGGAGAAUGGCACGCCGGAGCCAGACGAACGACUCCAAUGGAUCAUCGAGCCACUGCAGCGACUGCUCCAGACCCCCGACACCGCUCGGAAUAUAUUACAACAACUAGAGAUCUUAGAGAAACGGUUCUACAAGCUCUACAGAUCCCCUGAAGCCAGUUGGGGGCCAUUCAAUACCGAUACAUCAUUCUUUGGACAAGUUCAAUGGAUUGACGUGUCCGAAUUUGCCAACGCUUUGUCGAGGAAGGAUCAAGUUUUCUUUUCGCAGUACAUUGAGGAUGCCCUCUGUGUAAAAAAGGACGAUCAUGCUCGGCGAAUACUCAACACACGAUGGAACGACCUCAGCCUUGCGGUUGAAGAGUGUAUGGUUGCUAAUGUUGAUGAUGUUCCUCGGAAAAUUGAUCAUUUGGCCAAGGAGCUCUAUCGUGUUCGCAACUAUUAUUCUCUAACAGCCAUCAUCCAGGGCAUCAAAGCAAGUGGCCUUCACACAGAAGCAUUGGGAGACUUUGGCUACCUCAUCUAUUCAGAGAAUAAUUAUGAGAGGUAUCGGCGACGAGCCAACACUAGACCCGGAAUGGACUUCUUUUAUCCUGCACUCAGUGCCGCUGUCAGGGGAAAUUUCACGCUCGCAGAGGGGGUGAUUCGUCGGUGGGGCCAAUACCCCGUCGUUCCUGUGUGGAAACCUUUCACGCUGGCCUACCGCUCAAAUAUGGAGACUAACAGUCCCCCAUCAACUUCCACCAUGCCUACGCCUCAUCAUCUCUACCGGGCCACCUCAGGGGGGGCCGACUCUCAAUAUGCGCCAAAUACACAUCUUUCUAACCCUUUUUUAUACUCUCAACAGCCAGUCAACUUCACCGAACUCCCUCUGCGAAGCUACCAAAGGCCCGAUCUAGUAGACCCCCUGGCUGACCAGCGCCAACAGCAAAAUUGGACACUUCCCACCUCUUUCGAGCUACCCUUGAACCAGCGCGACCUCAGUGAUAACACAAAUAUCAACGCUCUGUCUCCCACAAGUCUAUAUAAUCAAAACUACGAUCUCCGUCUGAAAUUGUCCAUUCCCUACCAUGGAAACCAAUUGGCGGAUGAUGAGAGGAAUGGGACUCUAGUUGAUGCCAAGGGAAUGCUGUGA